GUGAAAUGUCACUGUCAGUGUCAUAAUUUACAUGUCACGAUGUGAAGAUACACCGAAAUCCGAAUUUCACGUGAAAAUAAAAUAUCUAUUGCAUUUUAAGAAAAUGGUUUCCAAAUAAGGUACCACUUUCUUUCCACAAUAAUAAAAUGAAGCUUGUGUUUAAGAACAUCGAUAAAGAUGGCAGCGGGUGCAUCGCACUUGUGCCUGAAGAGCCGGAGGACAUGUGGCACGCCUACAACUUAAUAGCGAAGGGUGAUGUAGUUACGGCGUCGACCGUACGAAAAGUGCAAACUGAAUCGUCGACUGGCUCCUCUACCAGUAACAGAGUCCGUACGACGCUCACAAUAAGGGUGGAGACCAUCGACUUUGAUACCCAGGCCUGUGUAUUAAGGUUAAAAGGCCGCAAUAUUGUUGAGAACCAAUAUGUUAAGAUGGGAGCAUAUCAUACUCUAGAUUUAGAGUUAAAUAGGAAAUUUACACUGCAAAAGAUAUUAUGGGACUCAGUAGCUCUAGAGAGAGUAGAGUUGGCCUGUGACCCAGCCGCGUCUGCCGAUGUGGCUGCUGUGGUUAUGCAGGAAGGCCUCGCUCAUGUCUGCCUCAUCACACCUUCAAUGACACUGGUGAGGUCAAAGAUUGAUGUCAACAUACCAAGGAAGCGGAAAGGAUUUGUACAGCAACAUGAAAAGGGCUUAAACAAAUUUUAUGAAGCAGUUAUGCAAGGAAUCCUGAGGCACAUUGAUUUUAAUAUUGUCAAAUGUGUGAUCCUCGCAUCACCAGGGUUUGUGAAGGACCAGUUCUUUGAUUACAUGAUGCAGCAGGCAAUUAAAACUGAUAACAAGCUGCUCAUUGAAAACAAAUCCAAAUUUUUGCUUGUCAAAGCAUCUUCAGGUUUUAAACAUUCUUUGAAAGAAGUUUUACAAGAGCCUGCAGUGAUAGCGAAAAUUUCAGACACAAAAGCAGCAAGUGAAGUGAAGUUGUUGGAAAGUUUCUACACAAUGUUACAACUUGAGCCAGCAAAAGCUUUUUAUGGGAAAAAACAUGUUGAAAAGGCAAACGAAGCAAUGGCAAUAGAAACACUUAUGAUAUCCGACAAAUUGUUUAGGUGUCAAGAUAUACUGAAGAGGAAGGAGUAUGUGGGGCUAGUAGACUCGGCAAGGGAAAAUGGCAGCGACGUUAGGAUAUUUUCAAGCAUGCAUGUGUCUGGAGAACAACUGGACCAACUAACUGGAAUUGCAGCAGUUUUACGUUUCCCAAUGCCAGAACUUGAAGACAGUGAUGAUGAAAAUGACAUUGAUUCUGAUUAGGAUUUAUUGAUUAAUUAAUCACUGACAUGUUAUACUGGUGGACUAAAUGCCUGCAAUAGCCAGAUGUUUGGAAAAAUGUGCUGUAUACUUGGAUGAAUGAAGGGCUGGACCCUUCUAACCUGAUAACCACCAAAACCACCACGUCCAAACUAGAGUUGCCAUAAAUAUUCUACUAUCAAACCACUAUUUUUUGGUAUUCAAUUGACCUAAAAAUGGAUAAUAGUUAUCCCAAUCAAUUUUACUUAGGUACAAUAGUUUUAAAAUAUUGUAAUCGUGGUAAUAUUAUGUACUCGUACAAGAUCCGGCAUAAGAAUUAUAUAUCCUCAUCUGAUAACUAAUUGGGAUGGGAAUUAAAUGAUAAAAAUAUUCACAUUGAAACAUUGCACAUGGUUUGCCUAGUUAAAUAGUGUGUGUGUAGUAGUGUGGCCGGAAGUAACGGUAUCGCUUUCAUGCUGGAGCUGUGGGGUUGCCAGAUAUAAACAUUAAACAGUUAAAUGUUAUUUUUAUAUCCUCAUCAGUAAUUUUUAGUCAUCUAAUAUGUAAUUUUUUUAAUUCAACAAAUAUUAUGUUGCCUUUGAUCUAGUUCAAAGAUCCUGUAGUUCCUAGAUUUUGUAUAAAAAAGUGCAAGGUUAUUAGCAGUUGUUGACAGCAAACAGGUGAUUGUCGACCAAGUAACUCGUUUCGUAUUUCGUAACGUGUCUAGAAAAUAACGUAGAGACCCAGUUCUAUCACACGCUCCGCUAUACAUCGCAACAAGGAAGUUAGAUUGCGCCAUGUGUUAUUAUUGUUUACGCGCUCAACAAGCAUGUAUUUUGUGGCGAACAUUCGGCACUUCGACCAAAUCACUAUUCGUGACAACUCUAGUCCUAACUCUAUAAAUGGCUACCUACUCUAUGGUAGGAGCACAAUCAUUGGCUAACAGCCUUUAAAAAAUUAAGCAUGUCUGGCUAUUGCAGACUUUCGCUCUAUGGUACUCGUAGAGGUCAGUAUUCGUAAACUGCUCGAUUGUUUAUAUUUUACGAAAUAUUGAUUUUUAAUUGUAUAUUUCUCAUUGAAUCUUGUUUCUGAACAUUGUUUUUAUGUUGACAUGUUAAAUUAAAUGUCUAGGAUUAAUAAAAAUGUUCUUUUUCAUGGCUGGCUGAUAUUUCAAUUGUAAUUUGUUCUUUUAAUUUAUAUUAUUUAUUGAUCUGUUAUUUUAAAAAAACCUGAAGAGUAUGUAUGUCUGAAUGUGCUGUGUGAUGAAGGUCCAAUUUUAUUAGAAUUACAUCCAGACUAUUGCUAUAAAAGUACACUGUGUUGCUCUAUCUGUCAGUGACAUUCCCAUUAAAAUUUAUUUAGCUAUUGCAGACUAGCUGACAAACAAACCGACUAAGCACAUUCAAACAUUCCAAAACAACGGGCUAGAGUUGGUAAUAGGUAUAAAAAUACCAAUAUGAAACAUUUCCAAAAAUUUAUAAGGAUAUUUGUUAGACAAAAUAAAACAUCAUUGAAAUCAGAGAAAA